AUACAAAGUCCAGAACACACGGCCCAAAGCUCCAUUUCAUCAGCUUCUGUGUGUCUCACUGUGAUCAAUCGGAGAUGGAGGAGACGGAGAAAGAACCGAUAAGAGCGGCUUCUGAGGAGGUCUCUCGUGAAUUCAAAACUCUUAUCAACGCCGAGGAUCUAGACUCCCUUAAGCAAUCGCAGAACCUCAUAUUGGGGAGAUUGCAGGACAGCAAUGCUGUCCUGUCACAUUUUAAUGAUUAUUCAGAGCAUUGUUUUGCUGAGGUUUCUGGAGACUUCUCUAGAAAUACACGUCUUUUGAGGUCUAUGAAGUCGGAUCUGGAUUACAUAUUUCAGAAACUAAGGAGCAUGAAAUCAAGGAUUUUAGCCACCUAUCCAGAUGCAUUUCCAGAUGGUUCAACAGAAGUACUUGACCGGAGACCUGACCUCGAAAUGCCUCAGUAACACGAGACAAUUUGUCAGCAACAUGUUUCAUGCUACCACUUGGGAAACACAGUGUAGGAGAAACAUCUUUCUUUUUUCUUUUUUUUUUUUUGUUGCGCGCUGCCCCCAGGGGGGGGGGUGGGAUGGGAGGUAUGUGGGGUGUUGUAACUUGUGGGUUUGUGAAUGCAGCAUGAUUUAUUUGGUACUAAAUAACUAUUGAAGUGUCUCGACUGAAUAACAGAAAAUGGAACCCAGAUCCAACCAAGCCUAAUAAUGAAGUUGUUUUCAUGGUGUUUUGAAGCAA